AUGGACGAAUACACCGCUGAAGCCUUCGCCAACCGCGACGAGCCCAUCCCGCUCAUCGCCGGCGGCAUGGAUGGUUCGUCUUCGGAAGCAGAUAUCGCAAGCCAAAAGUCCAAGUCCAAGAGGGCGCAUCCGCCAACUCAGUUGAACACCCAGCUUCAAGCCAGCGCCGCCUCUCAGUCUGGGAGAAAUGAGACCGCGCCCCCUUCAGCGGGGAAAAUGUCUCUCCAGGAUCGUCUGUUUGCAAAGGUCCUUCAACAAGUGGCUCCAUCCGACGAUGGUGAUGAUGACCCCCCGACCACCCCAAGCAGCCUUCCUUCAAGUGCAUAUAUCUCUCGCCCUGCGUUCAGCCUGCCAUUAAUGACAUAUAACUUCCGUCGCUUCAAUGCCCGGAUCGGCAUCGUGUUCGUUUUCCAGAAUCGCCUCAUCCGCCUCUUCACCUGGCGGACGCCGACACACACCUUAUCCUUCCUGGCGACUUACUCUUUCAUCUGUCUCGACCCGUAUUUACUCAUCGUGGUUCCCCUGGCCAUAGCUUUGUUCUACAUCAUGAUUCCAGCAUUCACUUCUCGCCAUCCACCGCCUCCAACGCCAACAAUUGUGCACAACAGUAGCACCAACAUGACUACAGAAUACCAUCAAGCAUACACAGGCCCGGCUCUUGCACCGGCCACGGUCAUAAAACCCGCGCCUGAAACCUCGAAAGACUUCUUCCGCAAUAUGCGUGAUCUGCAGAACUGCAUGGCUGACUUCAGCAACGUGCACGAUUGGCUGGUGGCCAAUGUCACGCCAGCGACGAAUUUCUCAGACGAGCAAUUUUCCUCCCAACUGUUUCUGUAUCUGAUCAUCCUGACCACCCUUUCCUUUAUUACCUCGCAUCUGCUCCCUUGGCGAUUGAUAUUCCUCGUCUUGGGAUGGGCUGUCAUUGUGUCUUCCCACCCCCAGGCACAAGCAUGGUUAUUCAAAAUGCAAAAACGAGCUGAACAAGAGACAAGCCUCGCCCUGAACGACCCCAACCUUAAACACCAAAAGUACAUCCAUGGCAUCCCCCUCCCGGCCACGCCACAUGCAAUUCAGUCUGCUUUCACCACCUUUUCUGAGAUUACACUGUCAACGACCCCGGAGACGAGGGAAGUCGAGAUCUUCGAGCUACAACAUCGCCCUCUUGCGGUUACUGCUUCUAAUGGACAAGCAGCCGAAUGGCAGCCUCAUCUCUUCACGCCUUCACCCUACGAUCCUCUGUCCCCGGCACGAAUCGCAGGCGACAGGCCCAGAGGCACCCGAUUCUUCGAAGAUGUUGAGCCGCCCGAGGGAUGGGAAUGGGCAUCGAAAAAGUGGGAGUUGGACCUCGAAGCUGGAGAGUGGGUCAACGAGAGGCUCGUCGUGGGCGUCGAGUACGAUAUUCUCCAUCGCGAGCCGGAAAGAAUUGAUGGGCCUGUAUCAGCUCAAGCAGCCUCCGAGCCUGGAGAUCACGAUAAUGGCGACGCCAAAAAUGACGACGAUACGAGAUUGAGGAGAAUCUCUACAAACCGGAGGGAAAGCAUCAAUCUCGACUUUGGAGGGUGGGUGUGGGAUCUCCCGCCACCCCCCGGGUCCGGUGUCAAUCGGGACGACGAUCUGUGGCUUGCAUACGGGGACUACGAUGUUCCUAGAGUCGGCGUGCGGAGUCAGUCCAAGGAAGAGGAGAAGGCUAGAAAGAAGAGAGAGAAGGAGCGGGAAAAGAGAGACAAGAAAGGGAAAGGCGGUGCAGUGAGGGAUUGGGAAGAGGCCACGAGAGUGGAAAGUCGCGGGAGGACUGGAGAAUGGAGAAGAAGACGCUGGGUGAGGUUGGUCAAAAGGAAAGUGACAUUCUGA